CUCUUUGUUGCUGUCUUUAUAUUUUUCCUGCAUUUCUUUCCUUCCUUACAUAUCAUUUCUCUACCUUCAAAGUUUCAGAUUUAUUAGAUCCAUCCUCUCUCAAAGUAGAUGGAAGAUAUAUCCACCUUUCUUGCAAAAAACAGGUAUGCGGCGGUUACUGGGGCAAACAAGGGGAUUGGACUGGGAAUAUGCAAGCAGUUAGCUGAAAAAGGGGUGACUGUGGUUUUGACUGCUAGAGAUGAGAAAAGGGGCAUUGAAGCUGUAGCAAAGCUCAGAGAAUCUGGUCUCUCUGACUUCAUCCUUUUUCAUCAACUUGAUGCUGCAGAUCCUGCCAGUAUUGCUUCUCUGGCAGAUUUCAUCAAAUCCCAGUUUGGAAAGCUUGAUAUCUUGGAAUAUUUAAGAAUUCGUGGUGCCAUAGCAGAUGAUGGUUCUAUAAAAGCUUCAGAUUUUGGAAAGCCUGGUGCACAAGUCAACUGGACUCAGAUGCUUACUCAAGCACAUGAGUUAGCUGAAGAGGGGCCUCAAGACAAACUACUAUGGUGCCAAAAGAAUGUGCGAAGCACUAAUUCCCCUCCUCCAGUUAUCUGAUUCUCCAGGAACUGUGUAUCUGUCUUCCUCUGCAGGAAAGUUAGAGGUAAAGUUCAGAAGCAACUUAAAUAUUUCAGCAUGUAUUAAAGUGACCAACUUUGC